AUGUCGAAAAGUUUAGAUCGAGUGACUGUUCUUGAUGAAUAUACACGAAAUCGAAAUACUCAACAUCAUUUAAAUGCACUUGAACGUGACAAUUACGCGGUGAUUCCUGAAAUUGAGAUCAUGUCAGGAACCAUAACAAAACCACGAAGAGCUUCUGAAGUUGAUGUUAGUGUCAAUAAAAAAACCAAAGCAAGAAAUAAAAAAGAGCUUGUGAAACAAUUGGCAGUAAAAAGAACUUUGAAUUCUUUAAUAGAAGAAGCAGGACUUGAAGAACUUCCAUCAGAUGUUCCUAAUUAUCUUACAGCUGCAGUUGGACCUUCUAAAUUUCCUUCAAGGAAAUUUUGCUCAGUCUGUGGAUUCUUAUCAAAGUAUACUUGUAGAACUUGUGGAAUGAAAUAUUGUAGUUUAAAAUGUUUAGAAACUCACAAAGAAACAAGUAUGGGUGGAUUAACUGAUUUAACAUUAGAAGAUAAGCCAACUCAUGUUCAUGAAUGUUAUCUAACAACCAAUUCGGAAGCCUUUUCAUUACUAUUACCACCGAAUAAUUCAUCAGCCACCAGCCAAGAAAACGUGAUAGGAAAGGUAGGCUACAUGAAAGCUUCAUUUAGUGACGAUGGAAAAAAACGAAAUGAUAAAGGAAUUAAUGGAAGAGAGUGUAAGAUUAUUGAAAAGAAAAAGGAUAUUAAAUCUAGAUAUAUACGUAGUGCGUGA